AUGGAAGAGUACGCAACUGCUUUAAAGAACUCUGUAUCACUUGCAAUGGGCCCAGUGAAGCUCAAAGACGAAUUUUCUCACAGAAAGUCUUCAUUUAUGGUUGAAGAUAUCGUGCGGAAUCAAAAUAUUUCGCCAUGUCCGGAGAGGUGUUUGCCUGAUCCUAGCUUUCGAGACGAAAUGCAAACUCCGCAAGCGAUGGCGAGUGGUGGUCGUUCAUCAAACAUGCCCUCAAGUAAGAAUUAUUUUUUAUGUUAUCAUGAUAUUAGAUACAUUGUUUUUCAUUUUUUAAGUUGUACAUGAUGCUUUGAGUGUGUCGUUGAUCGAUCGCAAAAGAGUUGCGUACCUUCCAUAACUGUUUCAGAUGUUUCCUCUCCUACAUUAGUUGAAGAUUUAAACUUAACAUCGGCAAAUUGUCGUGAUCAUUUUCAACUGUAGAUUGUGCAUAUGACACAAAUAGAUAACCUAUUUAAAUUUGUUUCACCUACAAUUUUCCUCCUUUUUUCGUACAAGAGACUCAGUUUUAAGUAUUCAUUCGCGAUUCGCAAUACACGGGGAAAUUCAAGUGCAGUUUACUAAGUAUUAUAUAGAAAUUAAUUAUUUGAUAUAUCUUUGAAAUUAAGCCACUUAAAAACUGUCCAAGUUUGGCAAAACUAGCCUCCAGGAACACCUUAAUAUAAGCCACUCAAGUAGCAAGUUUCCAAAAUCUUACAUCAUCUUUGUUUACACACAUUUCUCCAAUUAGGUUAAACUCAUCUUGGCAAGGUCUCCGUAUAACCCCAUAUUUCAUUACGGAAACAAGUCUUCGAUAAAAGCGAACAAUUGCGAGACAAAUUGACCACCUUUUGGAUUAAAGCUUCGUUUUAGGAAAUUGUGGGGUGAUUUUAAGAUCUUCCUAUGGCCACGGUGCCUUAUUUCGGAACGAAAAAGGAAAACAGAAACUGCGCAUUUUUUAGUUGAUUGGGAGCGCGCGCGCCUUUCCCCCCGCUGAGAGAAAUGUCACUAUAAAAAACGCAUUUCUGAAGUUAAAACUAGUUAUAAUUGCAAACAAUACAUGUCAUCAUAUCUGUUAUUGGGGCAGAAAAGCCUUUAAAAAUAAAUAAGACCUCAAUUUCAUUUGAAUCUCCGAUGGUGACGUCAGCCUUCUUUCUGUUGACAGGUUGUGAGGAACCAAGCCCUGUGAACGGCCGAUCCAGCAAAUCCCGUUCCUCCUUCUCAGUGGAGCAGGUUAUGCAGUUAGAACGAGUUUUUGAACGACAGAAAUACCUGGGUUCGCGAGACAGACAGAGGCUCGCAGAGCAGCUACAAAUGAGCGAGACACAGGUAAACAAAUUGUUUCUGGGUGUGGGAUGGGCUUUCUGUUUUGGAUUUUGGAUACUACUGGCCUAUUUUGGAUUUUAAAUUUUGGACAGUAGUGGCGAUUUUGGACUUUGGACACUGGUGGCCGAUUUUAGAUUUUGAACACUAUUUUGGACACCAGUGGUCAAUUUUUAAUUUUGGACGCAAGUGUCUCAUUUUUUGUUUUUGGACACAAGUGGCCGAUUUUGGAUUUUGGACAGUAGUGACCGAUUUUGGAUUUUGGGCACUAGUGAUCGAUUUUACAUUUUGGGCAAUAGUGACCGAUUUUGGAUUUUGGACACUAGUGGCCGAUUUUGAACUUUGGACACUAGUGGUCGAUUUUGGAUUUUGGGCAUUAGUGGCCGGUUUUGGAUUUUGGACAUUAGCGGCCAACUUUUGAUUCUGGACACUGGUGGCUGAUUUUGCAUUUUGAACCCUAGUGGCCGAUUUUGGAUUUUUGACACUAGUAUACUUAUUUUUUUAAAUUAGAGUAAAAAAAAAGAAGAUCAUAUGCUUCAUUCUCGAUAAAUGUAUCAUUUGGAAUUGUGUUUGUGUUUCUUUUUCUUUUUAGCAAUUGUACGAAAAAGUAUCAUAAUUUUCAACGAAUCCUCUACAACCAGGAUUGUUAGUGAAACUGGUUGCACCACCUAAAUACACUUAUUUAUCAGAAAUUAUUCUUUUUCAGGUGAAAACGUGGUUUCAAAACCGACGAAUGAAGAUGAAGAAAAAGCUUUCAGAGGCCAAUGAGCGCAGAGCUAAAAUAUCUUUUCUUGACAACCUCGAUUGCAUGCAGCAGACAGGAUAUCAUGGUUAUCAAGCUCACCAACCAUAUCCUCCCCCAGGCCCACCGCCAGAGGCGACGCAUCUUCUCCACCCAAGUCUCCCUCCGCCGGAAUGCGCCUGGCUGAAUCAGUCACCUUUCACUUUCCCGCCAAAUCAACCGUUUCCAAGGUAUCUGCCACCACCGCCUCCAUCUUGGGAGUCCCUUCCAGAACACAUGAUCGACAGAUGCACUUCUGUGCUGGGUGGGUUUGCGGAGUUGGAAGAAAACAGAUAAACUGUCACAUCUAACUUUAGGUUGAAUGAUAGAAUCAUUAAUUUCCAGGACAAAAUUUAACCUGAAUUUUUUAAAUUUUUUUGUUUGUAUCAAAUUUGACUUGGGUUCUCAAGUUAUGUCGGUACUGACAGUCAACUAAAAGCUUAUUGCGGAAAUAGUGUACGAAUACUUCUCAGUAAAUAUUCAUUUAAACAGUUGUUUUUUAGAUAAUUUGAAUGAUUUGCCUUAAAAUUUUGUUGUUUGUGAUAAUAAAAUACGAAAUUCUUAAUUCAGGGUACGGUAUUUAAAGACAAUGUUGGUGAUGAUUUAUUCUGUAGUAUACGGUAGUUUAUAACAUGGCGCCGAGCUUGUUCCUUCUACUUCCUUCUGAACAAUCAUGGUUUAUAUGAUAAGCUGAAUUGCGCUUGUAUUCUGAUAGGUUACUUAACCCAUAAACCCUAAGGGUGACCAGAUUCUAAUUUCUACUAACGUUAUCACCCCUGAAUCAAACAUUAAGGUCAUGAGAAUCAAGGAAAUGAUCACCAACUAGUUAAGCUCUUGAUUUUUAAACAAAUUCUCCUUGUCAGCGCUUGAGGAAAUGUAUAGAGAACAGUAUGGAGAAUAUGUAUACUGAUGUUAGGGUGUGGAGGGUAAAGAUCUAUGGGAGGAAAGACGUAGAAAUCACUUCACCUUAAACAAAAUGUUGCUCAGUUUCAUCAUAUAAUUUUUUUUACUGCAAAGUUGCCGUCCAGUUCAGCCGCGAGUUUUUAAAAUUUCAUUCCGGUUAUUUCAUCUUUCCAUCCCGAUUGAGAUACACCAUUUGGAUUUCAACAGGGAAAGUAAAUAUGCCAAUAAUUCUCCGUUCGGAAAAAUUUACAUUCAAUUUUUAAAAGCGACUAAAUUGGAUUUGAUGACCACGCCUGUAGAAACUUUUACGCACCAUUUUCUCUCUCCAUACUUUAUAUCUCGACAAACGCCCGCUUACGUAUACGCCAAUAGUUAAAUCCGUGACCCUAAACGUUUAAUGGAGGUUUUGGCCCAUUGCAAUUUCGCCUCCUCCUCCUCCUCCCUGAAGUAAAACCAGCUCGCUACUAAUACUAAAUGCUUCAACUCGUUUCCUUCCGGCAGAACACAUUCCUUUUUUUACAUCCCAAUAAGAUGUGAAGGAUUUUCAAACUUAAAAAAAAAAAACAUUCCCUAGCUUAUUUUACAUAGCUUUACAUUUAAGGCUGAAUGGUGUUUAAUUUUACAGUGCAUUAAUGUUACUAUUUAAAACUCACUUUGAAACUUCCGUCAACGCUGUGGGGUGUCUCAUUAGUCGAUGACGUCAGACAUAAACAGUAACGUCAUAGCGAAGAUUGCGGGCUCAUGAAGAAAUUUGAUCGAAACAGCGAUCAGAAAGUGCCUGCAGAGAUUGAGCGCUGACGAGAACGUUCGACUUUAACCUGUUGAAAAGUGAAGGUGCAAACCCCAUUAUUUUGAAACUGUGUCUUUACAAGGUAAAGUUACUGUUCUUUUUCACUUAAGCAAGAUUGAUGUUCCAAUUCUCGUCUGAAUCGAGUGUGUAUUCGAAAGACGAGCACGAGUAUUCAACGGCAGGCGUUCAAACUAUUUUAGUUAGCCCUAGUUAUUUUUUAGUUUUGUUUGUUUAUGAUUUUAGAAGCAAAACGACAGCAAAUGUCAUCUUCUUGGAAAUUCAAUAGAUGUAUCCAAAGCCACGAAUUGACAAAAUAGUUUAUUUUGGAUUACUCUCGCUGUCGCUGGAAUUACAGCAAUACAAAUUAUGUUAACUUUGUAGUCAACUGCAUAUGCCCAAAACCGUACAGGCAUUGACAGUCCAAUAAUGUUUGUAAAUGGAGUUUAUAGAAAUUGAAAUUGGCAAAAUAUGUAAAGUGGUUGUGUUUUCUUUAACUUAGUUUAACUAAGCUAUACACACUUCAACCACACAGCACGGUCUUGCAAUCCAAUAAUUUGAAUAUUUUCCUGUAACCAAAAUGCGAUUAAUUCAAAUAUAUAUUGACUUCCUCUGUGAGAUCGAGCACUAUGAUUGGGCUUACAUGUAGUUUGCAAUAAAAUCGUGCCCAUCUGAGCUGAGAUUAAGUACAUGAAUCAUCACUGGAAGGUGAAAUUUCCUGUUUGAUGCAGACUUUAUUUAGAGUUUCCACUCACCAAUGCCCUUAUCAUCCAUCUCCCACUGUAACUAUCAGAAUUAGAGCCGAAUUGAUAAAAAAUUCAUGGUUAGAGUUUCAAACAUUAAAUCACAACGUUAAUUUGUAAUUGUAUUUCAGUAUCUGAAAGCUUUGAAAGCACAGUUUGCUUUUCUUUCCCAGCUCUUGAAAUAGACAAGUCAUCCUAACUUCUUUGAUGAAGUGAAAUCUUUUUGCUAAACAAUAAAUCAUUUUAUUGACCAAGCUUGUUCAGUCAAGAUUACUGGAUAUUGGCCUUGUUCUUUUUUUAAAUUUUACGGACCAGCUCGGUCCAUGAAAACACUUACCCUAACCCUAUCCAACCAUCUUGCCCUCACAUAACGUCAAUAAUGCAUUUGUAUUGUAGGAGUGUUAAGAGAUGCCCUUACUUGCUAAUGAUUGUACACAGAAGUACUACACUGUAAAUUUAAAGCCAUGCUUAUGAUGAAGGGAGAUCUAAGCAGCUUAGUGUUUAUUAUUUUGGAUUCAGAUAAUCCUCUAAUCCCUGUGAGUUACCAAGACAGAAUUUUUCCUAACAUUAUCAGUAUGAUAUUAAGAAAAUAAGGGCUGAGAAUAUUUUUAUUUGCCUCAAUCCUCAAAGAGCCAUUCACAAUGUCUGAUGAAGAUCACAUGAGAUCAGAGAUUACCAGAAUGCAAAUGAGAGGAGACGAGCUGACAGACCAGGUAUGUACAUACAGUAUUACCCAUUAAACAGUGAAAGUGACAAUUAUUUAAUUUCUCCUUUCCGGAGCAAUUAUUGCUCAAUCAGACAUAUUAGUCAUGCAAAUAAAGGAAAUAAUUGCCAACUUAAGAUGCUUUGACUUGAUUGUUCAACAAACUCUCCUUAUCAGUUUUACUGGAGAUUUACAGAAAUUGGUGUGGAGAAUAUUCAUUCUAGUGUUAGGUUUUAACUGACUAAUUUCCAAAGCUGUCAUAGUGAAAUUACCGCAACUGUAUUUCUGACAUCCAUCCAGUUUGAGAAGAUUUCAUCCAUAGUCCAUACUGCAGUUCUUUGAGAGGAACAGUGUCAAAUUGUAUUUUGUGUUAAGUUGAUGCAUGUAUCUAUUAAUAUAGGCAUUUUAUUUAUUUAGUCAUUAGAAAGUACUCGUCGCAUGUUGCAGCUUGCAGAAGAGGUGAGUGUCAAAGUACAGCACUGUAAAUUUAACCUUUUAACUCUAUGAAGUGAUUAAUGUGUAAUUUCUCCAUACAAUAUCCAGCAAACAGGUAAUGAGGAUACUCAAAUGUAUCAGGUGGAAGUUUUUAUCUUGAUCUUACACCAAAUUCUCAAAACUAAUUUAUAAAGAAAUGUGUAAUAGCCAGAAAGGAGAAUUGGCAAUCAGAUCCAAGGAGUUAAACAGUUAAAAAAAAAUAACUGUUUUCCUUUGUUAACUUGGUCUAUAAUAUAAAUAAAAGAUAAUUUGGUUUUAUCAAAUGAGUUGAUAAUGUGAAUUAGCCACCGAGUUUUUAAAGCUGAUGUUUUGAUUGUUAGUAAAAUUGAGCUUGAUAUUAACCCUUUACCUCCCAGACAUGAUUAAUAUGAAACUUCUCCCUAUAAUAUCCACACAUUAUUCAGCAAACUGGUAAUGAGAAUAUUCAAACUUAUCUGGUAGAAGCUGCCAUCUUGAUCAAGCAACAAAUUCUCAUAACAAAUUUACAAGGAAAUGUGUAGCUGGCAGAGGGGAGAAUUAACAAGCAGAUCUUGGGAGCUAAAGGUUUAAACCAUAUGAUGAAUUACGGUCAAGUCACCAACGGUUCAAUUCGCUGAUGUAUAAAGUUGAAUAGAGAUGUCAGUUAGUUGGUCUUCAAUCCAGUACAAUUAAUACUAAAGAUCUUGUCAAGAAAGCCAAGUUUAUUUUUAAAAAAUCUGACUGAUUGACAUAAUAAAUCUUUACAGUGUUGUUGUCACACAACAAUGCAUUUGCUUCUAAAGCUUUUUUGGUCAUUAGCGAUUUUCACCUUGCUUUAUUUGCCUUGAGAUCCUAAAAACUUUGUUGGAAAUAAAAAUAAUUGUUUCUACUAAAGAUCUUGUCAAGAAAGCCAAGUUUUUUUAAAAAAAUCUGACUGAUUGACAUGAUGAGUCUUUACAGUGUUGUUGUCACACAAUAAUUAUCUCGUUCACGUCUGAAGCUUUUCUGGUCAUUGCCAAUGUUUACCUUGCUUUAUUCGCCAUGAGAUCCUUAUAAACUUUGUUGGAAGAAAAAAAUUGUUUUUUCACUGAAGGUCUUUUACUUUUCUAUAUGUUUAACUUCUAAUAAGUUGUACUGGAUUGAAGACCAACUCACUGACGUCUCUACUGGAUUUUAUAUGUCAGUGAGUUGGCAUUGGUGAGUUGAACUGUCAGUGACUUGACUGGAUACCCAUAUGACAGCAGGGGUAGAGUGAAAAAAUAAUGGAGGGUUGGGGAGAGUCAGGCUCAUUAUUGUCACUGCUUUUGUGAUCUUUACUAUUGCACUCAGUUUUACAAACUUCAGGCCUGAAAUAGGCUAUAAAGUAAGGUACAGGUAAGAUUUGACUAACAUUUAUAAAAUAAUUCAAAUAGUACGCACGCUCUGAUUGGCCCAUAAAACCAUUUUACAUGAGCAUAUGUAAACACAGUUUUUGUUCCUCUUUCAUUAGUUAUUUUAUAAAAGAAAUGUAAAAUGGUUUCCAUGUUUACAUAGCCUGAUCUAAAUACUUGGGAGGUUGGGAGAAGACUUGAUAAGCUGGAAACCACUCUGCUUCACGUCGUGGUUUCCUACACUUAUCUCAUGUUCUCCCAACCUCCCGUGUGUUUACAUCAGGCUAUGUAAACAUGGAAACCAUUUUACAUUUCUUCAAUAUUUUUUACAAAGGAAAGGAAAUUGUUCAAUCUGCAAAGUAAGGGAAACAGUUGAAAUGAUCAUAUGAUGCUAAAAUAAUAGUACAGGUUAUCAUUCUUACACCUGUGGUAUGUUUGAUUAUUUUUCUAGAGCCAAGAGGUAGGAAUAAAAACACUGGUGGCUCUUGAUGAACAAGGGGAACAGUUAGACCGAGUUGAAGAGAACUUGGAUCAAAUCAACGUUGACAUGCGUGAGGCUGAGAGAAACUUGACAGGACUUGAAAAGUGCUGCGGAUUGUGUGUUUGCCCAUGGAGAAGGUCUGAUUUUCCUGUGCUCUGUAUUUUCUGAUCAGACAUGAAAUAUUGUUUCUUGCUAUUGUUGUUGUUCUUCACAAAGUGAUUGUAGUACUAAGAAUCAUAUAACCUAAAAGGACUUGAGCACAAAUGGUAUGGAUGGAAGUAGGGAUAGGAAAAGCAUGUUUGAGCCCAGGAAACAGCUCUACCAGCAGCCAUAUCAGGCACAUUGACAGAAAAAGUAAAAAAAUGGAAGUUGGGUAGAGUUAUGUAAAGCUUCUCUUAAAAAUUCCGUGGCUCUCAGUCUCAGUAAUGGCAUAUGAAACGAGGACCGAGUACUUUCCUGUUUGAUGCUUUCACUCAGUAAAUGUUAAUCCUUUGACCCCCCUAAGAGUGACUAACAUUGAAUUUUUCCUAACAAUAUCACCCCUGAAUUAAACAUCAAGGUCAGGAGAAUAAAGGAAAUGAUCACCAACUAAAGAAGCUCUUAAUUAUCAAACAAAUUCUCCUUAACAGCACUGUGGGAAAUGUAUAGCAAACAUUAUAGAGAAUAUUCAUACUGAUGUUACAUAUUGCGCACUCAUUUUCAAACUUUCCUUUGUGCAAUGUCUUGAUUUUUCCCAAGGAAAAACGUUAACUAAGGUCGCUCUGAUAAUCAUCUGAUUGAAUGGAUAAAUACCAUUCUUAAACUUGUUAUUACUCCCCUCAGCCAUAGUGGUUAUUGCCAUAUAAAAAACUGUUGAUUUUAAGCACUGUCCUAACUUUAGGUUGUGAUUUAGAGCUGACUUUGUAUGUUUGGUUUUUUUUGUUAGGCGGAAGAAUUUUGAAAAGAAUGAAAUGUACAUAAAGGCCUUUAAGAGUAGUGAUGAUGGAACUCUCUCCACCCAACCAGGUAAUAUUAGAAUUAUUUCACAAUGUGAUAAGUGAUGGGGGAGGGUACUGGACUGUGGUUCAAGAAGUUGCAAUGUCAGAUCGGGCAGGGUCAUUCUAUUGUGUUCUUUGUAAAGUGUAUCAAUAUUCUGCUGUAUGGUCACAACUUACAACACACUUUAAUCGAUAUUCACCUCACUUGAAUACCUUUCACAACAUUAAUAUUCUUAGUUAACAUACAGUCAUAUAGUUGUGCCGAUCUAUUCCCAUGAUGAAUGCAUUCUUAAAGAUGUGACACUACAUUCUUAGGCAACUCACUUCACUCUCUUUGUGGCCCUCUCCACCCUUGAGUAUAAAUGGGUAUCUGUGAAUUGUUGAUGAAGCCUGAUGAAAUGUUUGGGGGGAGGAGGAGGAGGAGGAAACUUAAUGAUGGGCUGGCAUCUCAUCCAGGAGGUAGUAGCAAUACCACUAGUCACCUCAUGCCGUGUGAACUGGAAUAAACUGUGGCUUAAUAGCCCCUCUUGGCUCAAGUAUAGACUUUACCUUCUUCUACCAGAAAAGGACCGUGGUCAGUGACAAAACUCAUGCUUUGACAAGCUGGGGGAUGGUCUUGGUUUAGUGCUUUGGCAUGUGCUAAAUUUUUUACCACACAGGACUGAGGAACAAUGUAAUAGACAAAGUGAGGUUUUAUUUUUAGGAGCCAGAUAUGCACAAGAUGGAAACCGUGGAGAGGCAGCUAAAAGUGGAUACAUACAAAAGUAAGUAAUUUUGCAACUUAAACCUUUAACUCCUUGAAGUGAUUAACAUGUAACUUCUCCCCAUAAUAUUCAUACAUUAUCCAGCAAACAGGUAAUGAGAAUACUUGAACGUAUCUGGUAGAAGUUGUUUUCUUGAUCUGACACCAAAUUCUUGUAACUGAUUUACAAGGAAAUGUGUAGCAGCUAGAGGAGAGAAUUAACAUGCAGAUCUUGGGAGUUAAAGGGUUAAAUAAAAUUAGUGUGGAAACGUAAAAUAGUCAGUAAAACCUUUGAAAGUAACUUCGGAAUUUUAUUACUGCAAAAAUAGAUGUUUGUUCUGUUAGGUCGUGAGAACUUUGGUUCCAUUCAGGUGAUAUUGUGUUACAGUUUGUGUUGUUGUUGUUGUUUUUUUUUUUUGGAAAAUAAUUUAGGGUAACUAUCACCGAAAAUUUGAUGGGUUUAGGUCUCGGUGUGAAGGAGAUAUAAUCUGAAGCUUUUUUAUUUAAUUAAAGUGUGACAUGUUUUGCAGGAUUACAGGAGAUGACAGAGAAGAUGAAAUGGAUGAAAAUCUCGGGUGAGCAGUGAAAAAGAUAACUUAAACCUUACAUUUUCAGGUUUACUCAGUCGUGUGUUUGCAAAAUUAACAACGGUAAUAAUUAUAACGGCGCUUCUCGAUUGAGUCUCGUAAAAACAAAGUAUUCAUCUGCCAUACGAUCGGCAGCCGCUUAUGGGAAAAGUGAUGUUGAUAAUACAAUAUAAAUUGCUGUGGAAAUCAGAACAUGAGGCAGUGGCACUCUCAACCAAGCGUUGUAAAAUAAGUCAGAUAGCAAACGUAUUUGCAUAUGAAUUUUUUUGCUCUAAAGUGUUUAUUUAUUCUUCUAUUGAUUCAAAGGCAAGUGGCGAACAUAGUUGGUAAUCUGAAGUCAAUGGCGAUGGAUAUGGGUAAUGAGAUUGACACACAGAACAGGCAGUUGGAUCGUAUCAAUGCAAAGGUGAUGGCAUAUUUCGUGUUGGAAUUCCUCUUUUGAUAAAACAAGAAACACUAUUUAGUGUCAGUGGCAUACACUGGGAAAAGUGGCCGCCCCAUGAUAUGAUAAGUUUGGCCGGAAGAGAAAACCUCUUCGGUCAAGGUUUUAUGACGUGCGAACGGAGCACUAAACAUUUUCUUGCUCAGUUCAUAAUAACGUCUUACGCGCACUUUUUCAAACAGACCUCUCAACAAUAUUUUAAUUUUUAACUAGGUAAUUAAGUAUAAUCAACUGAGUUGAUAACGUAAAUUGGCCACCGUAAAGAGUUUUAAAGCUGAAGUUUCGAGCGUUAGCCCUUCGUUAGAGCGAACGAGGACGGGCUAACGCUCAAAACGUCAGCUUUAAAACUCUUUACUGUAGCCAAUUAACAUUAUCAACUCAGUUGAUAAUACUUAAUUACCUUGUUAUACUCUCCCACCAACGCAGCAUCACAGUUUCUUUAGAAACUUAUCUCCUUUAUUCAAUAUUAGCCUCUAUGGUUUGACUACCCAUUUCAGUUCAUGUCAUAUGAUAAUACUCUGGGAAAUACAGGCUUAACAGGUCUAUUUAAUUUAGAGCCAUAUUUAAUUGUGUCGAAAGUUAUCCGGAAUUGCCCUGGUUUGGUUUAAUUCGUUGUGUGAUUGGUUUAGAAAAAUAUCACCACUUUCUCGACCAAUCAGAUGUAAAACUAAAACCACUCACUACUUGGUCGCGCACGUUUUCCCGCGCUUUAGGCAGCUUGGUUGUUCUUUUAGUUCUCAUUGGCUGUUGUAGGUAUUUUCCUUCCUUCCGAUUGGCCGCUCAAUCGAAAAGUACUUUACGUUUUCGCUAGACUUACUAAUUGAUUGAUUGAUUGAUUGAUUAAUUUCAGGCGGAAGCAAACGAUGUCCGUAUUCAAAAUGCAAACACGCGGGCACGGGAUAUCCUAAGGAACUGUUGAAUGGUAGACUCGAGGAUGUUAUCAUCGUGCUCCUAGUCUUACCCAAGUUAGUAAUGUUAGCACUGAAUAUAGUUUUUUGUCAAACCUGAACACGAUUAAAAUAAUUUUGAGACUUCACAUCUGGGAACAAAAUAAGAAAUUGGUUUCAGAGAAAUUCAUUGACCAUUAUUUUUAGAAUAUGUGUAAUUUAAAGGCAUUCACCUAUACAAAAAUAUGUCUCUUCCUUUUGACAGACCGCCGAGCAAAAAGUAAUGAUUAAAAAAGUGUUAAAGAUUGUGGCAUUAAAAGACAUUUGUUGAUCAAAGCU